AUGAAACUUGCAACUCAAAAUUCCUAUAAACUCGUAAAUAAAAUUAAGAGACAAACGAAAGAUUUCGUUGAACAGCAUAACGGCGAAAAAAAACAAUAUUUGCUUAGACAUUGGGGCUUAUGUGGGGGUGGGAUGAUUCAUAAAUGUUGUAAUUUACAAUUCUCAACUAGAGACGAACUGUCUAAUACGAACUUAUAA